AUGUCGGCGUCCGUAAAGACUAUCGGCCGGGGCGAGCAGCUUCACCAUCUUCUAGUAUUUUUUAGCAACCGGGCAGUAUACGCGCAAGUAUUGCGAAAGGUAGACAGUCACAUAGUAGCUGCAGCAAGCACAACCGAGAAAGUGCUGAGGGCAACCUUAACGAACCUUGGAAAUGAAGAUGCCGCCGCUUCCGUUGGGAGAGUUGUCGCGGAACGCUCAAUAGCCGCAGGGAUACAUGUGGUACACUUCAACAGACCAAAGGGUAAGAGGUUUCACGGAAAGCUCAGGACACUCAUUGACAACAUGCGGGAUGCCGGGCUUCCUCUGAAGUAGGAAUCAUACAGUCAGCGCUUUCAGGUCGGCGUACUUUUAGACCCGUGACUUUGAAGUAACCGCGUGCCUUCGCAAGAUUGCAUGGAGAAUUUUUAGGCGGCGAAAAAUGUCAUGAAUUAAUUUAAAAUGUCCUCCUUAUUUGAA